UGUUGUUCCUGAAUUUUAUUUGUUAAAAAUAUAGGUACCUGACACUAGCAAGCACAGCUUGCAAGUCUGACAGAUAUUAAACUGAUGACAGUGACGGCAGCUAACACCAUCUAACACUGAAACCGCCAAGUUAUUUUCAUCUUCGUGGUUAGAGUUGAUGUGGUAAUUUAUUAUUAUACUUUUAGGAUACAUUAUUUAAUGUGAUACAUUUUUAGUAUCAUUGCGGAGAAAGAAUGAAUCCCUGUUCGGUUGCCACUCCUCAGCAAGACACGGAAGGCGAUGGAAGGUGGAAUAGUAUUCAUAAUAGAUUUGUAAGUGAUGCAAAAGGGAAGGAUGGUGAUGUGAUUUUUAUUGGGGACUCCAUUUUACAAGCACUAGAGCAUACUGAAGUAUGGAACCAAUGGUUUGCACCUCUCCACUGCCUCAACUUCAGUAUCCACAAGGAUCAAACUCAAAAUGUAUUGUGGCGCAUUAAGAAUGGAGAACUUGACCAUGUUGAUCCCAAAGUAAUAGUUGUUCAUGUCGGGACAAGUAAUGUUGAACACACUGCAGAGCAAGUUUGUGAAGGAAUUCUAGAAAUCAUAAGAACAAUCAGGGAAAAACACCCAAGUGCUUAUAUUGUAUUGCCUAGUCUACUCCCUCGUGGUCAAUAUCCAAAUACUUUAAGAGAGAAGAAUGCGAAAAUCAAUCAGCUGCUACGUGAAAAAGUUGUCAACAUGAACAAAGUUGAAAUGGUUCCAAUAGAUAAAGGCUUUAUACAAACCGAUGGCACCAUCAGUCACCAUGAUAUGCAUGACUACCUCACUCCAACCAAUGCAGCUUGCCGGAAAGCAUUCGAGCCCAUUUAUGAUUUACUUCAACAAAUUUUAUUUGAAGGAGAGCCAGAAAAAGAUUUGACUCCAUCUGAGUAAUCAGUUGUGCUAUUUGUAUUUUAUGGCAGCUUUUUAUUAUGCAGCGAGCUCAUUGUGAUGGAAACAGUAGUACUUAUUAUUAGCUUUUUAUAUUAAGCUUAAGUGUCAAACAUUUUAAAUAAUAUUAACUUAUAAACCUUUACAUUCCAAAUUAGCAUUAUGAUAUUCUAAUCGGCUGUGUUUAUUUAAUCACAUCAUUUAAAUAUUUUUAUUAUUAAUGGCUUCUAAUGUUUAAAGGUUUCCUUUUAGCUUUUAAAUGCAUUUUUAUGUGCUCAGUUUAUUUGUGCACAACAGGGUUAGUACUUACCUUUUUUGUAUUUAUUUUCUCACAUUCGUAAAAUGAUUUUUGUAAAAAACAAUGGCAAAGUAUUAUGUUUCUAAUGAUAGACAAACCUCUUUUUUGGAGGUUUGAUGUGAAACUUAGCAAUUUUGUUAGUUUUAUUUAUAAAUUGUAGAUGCUUAUAUGAUUUGUUUCCUAGGGACUCACAUAGAGCAAGUACACUAGUGUUUACAUAAAAAAUAUUUGCACAUCACAGUAAGUCAUGGAAUUGUCUAUAACCAAAGAUCUUGGAAGAUUACCUAACCAAAGUUAUAACAGUAUAUGAAUUGCAUUGGAUGAUUUUAUCUGCAAUUCUAUUUUUGAUAACAAACUACAUUUUUAAAUUAUGAUAAGAUCUAUAUUGAUAAGUACAUGCAAUUGUUUUAAACAUUUUUAAUAAAUGUGUAUCCCUUAUUGCAGUAUGCACAUAUCAUGUGCAUCUUGAAACACCAGAAUAUAGAACCUCUUCAAAUAUCACUGUAUGCAUAUUUAGUGACUAUUUAACUGUUAAGGUACUCAAGUUGCCAAACAAGUUUGCUUGAAUCUCGAAUUGUUAUGAAAUAUUUAUUUGCAUGAUGAAGCUUAAAAGUAAACAGUGCAAUUAUUUCUAAAAAAAUG